GACUAAACCGUACAUCGAAGAAGGAUUUUUUUGUUUUGGGUGGUAAUUUCGGUUUGUCGGCAUUUGAAUCAUAAAAUUACUUUCAAUAUUAUUGUUUACAUUAUCGAAAUGAGAAAAAUAUUGUGUGUGUGCGUUUCGUUCUGGUGGAAAAAAAACGUACAGAAAUGUUGAUUAAUUCGUUUGUGUGUUUUUGUAGGAAUUGGAACAAAAAUAAUGUAACAAAAGUGGAAAAUAUGUAAUAUUGAAAGUGAAGUAUAAAUAAAUAAACAAAAUUUUAAAAUAAAUUGAAAACAAAAAACCGAAACGGCAACAUUUUUUUCGAAAACAAUUUUUUUUUCCCGAUAAGUUGAACAGUGAACGGUUUGGUGAAACAGGCUGAAGACGAGAGUAACAGAAUUUAUCUGGAAGAAAUUUUGGACAACAAAUAUGUUUUCAUUCUUUGUUGUUAAACUCAGUACAUAAAUAUUCAGGUCGACAAGGUGUUAGCGGUGGAAGAACACAUUGCAUCGGUAAUUACUGAAUUCCACUGAAGACACAUCAAUAGAGCAAGAUUGUUGUUUGGAAACAGCCAUAAUGUAAAAUGGAGCCAUCGUUAGCAGGUGGUCGUCGUAGUUGUCAUCAACAUCAAAAUCAACCGAAAUAUCGAGACAAAGGCAACGCAUACGGUAACAGUGCUGCAGCACUAUUUCUACAGUUUCCUCCACCGCCCAAUUAUCCACCUACGAACGACCGAAUAAGUUUCGAGGGGAAGGGCGAUAAAAAAAUGCACCGUUGUCCUAACGAUCUAGACAGAAUUGAAAUAUGUUUGGAGCCGGAACAAAUGCUUUCGUCGUCGCCAACAGCCGAGUCGUAUGACAGACGGGGUGUGGGUGGUCGUAAUGGGAUGGUAAAAUUUCACAACAACGUUGAGCUACAGAAAACCCGUCACCAUAAUAAUAUAUCUGCUACCAUGGAAAGAUUCGAGCCGUCAACGUCGUCAUACAGACGCAAGAAUCAGCACUACGAUCAAACGAACAGCCGUAAAUAUGACGGAUCGGUCGAAAUGGGUCACAACAUUCCACUUCUGGACAGAAUUACGGCCGGACCAUCGUACCGAACGCCGACACCUAAUUCCAUGCAUUCACUCACCAUGAAUCGACACCAUAACGGAGUCGGUGGAUCUCGUCACAUGUACACCACUCGCUAUGGAACCCAAGAAAAUAUCUAUGAAGACAUCGAAGCAGAACAUCGUUUCGGUAUGUUGAAUGGCGGCCAGUCAAUGAUUUCGCUGCCGCAAAGUGUAGUUGAGGAAGAAUUUCGUCGGGUAGAGAAUCGUCAUCGACGUGUAUUGGCCGAAUUAAAUUUAUCCACCGAAGCCAUGCUGAUGCCAUCUACACCGCCCAGCCAUAGUGCACCGGAAGAGGAACAAUAUGUGAAUUCUGAGCAUCUAACUGAGUUAUUGAAAUCUGUAGAAAUAGCCGAUGAAAUGUCAUCACCAGUGAGCGGUAGUGUGAUUGGCAACGGUGACAUUGACAGUGGAUUUAGUGGUAGUUCUAGUGGUGCUAGUUGUAUGGGAAGUAUUCGUUACCGUAACGGUUUAACGCUACCGGUGAAAUCUCCGUUACCAUCCAAAACGUGCAGUGUGUCUGUAUAUGCUGACAAUUGUCGUUCGAGUGGAGACGCCAGUUUCGUUACAUAUUCUUCGCGUUCGAAAUUAACGUUUCCUUGUGAUAGUUAUGAACAUGCGUUGCCAAUCGAAUCGCCUAAGAAUAAAGGCAGUUUUUGGAGCCGUAAGCGAUGGCGAAAGUUACCGGGAAUUUUAGGCAGUGGCACUCAAAAGACAUCAUCUGAAAAUGAUGAACACAAACUGAAUGCCGGUGUGUGGGAGGAUUUGCCUGCACCAAACGUAACCAAACUGAAUCAGCAACACCUUCAAAGCGAUCCUCGGCGAACCGAAUCACAGAAUCCGUUCAUUUCACUCGACCAACAGCACAACAAAAACAUCAACAACAACCACCUGGCCUCGAAGCACAAGAGUGUAACCAACAAAUAUUACAAUACGACACAGAACGGCAGAAGACUGGACCAUAAUUCAUCGACGCGUACAAACAGUUCCGAGGACAGUUACUGGUCGGAGCGUGCUACAUCCGACAAUGACAUAUCGUCAGAUGGCGAAGAUGAAAGCGAUCGCAGCGUAACAUCGGUCAAUUUCCGGAACAGUAAUCUUCGGAGCACGCUGAACAAAGCCAAACAUCAUUUGUCGUUCGAUAAAUGGCGCAACAGCAACAGCUCACAUUCGUCUACAUCAGGAAAUGUUUCGAUGCAAUCGCAAACGGAGGUAGCGUCACCGGGUGAAUCAUCUGGCGGUAGAUUAUCCAGAUGGUUCUCCAUACGACGCGGUUCGGCUCAUCAAUAUGAUCUCGGCAGUCAGGAUUGUCGCAUACCGGGAAAUGUGGAAAAAGAAAAUAAAUUGCUGGCACCGAAAGUGGGAUCGACUAACUGUACGGGCGGAAUUCAAAUGCCUCAAUUGACAGAGACUGAAGAAGAUGCGAACAUAUUUGGCCGUGACGUAGCAGCUGAACGAAGUAAUGGAACUGGAUCGCUAAUAGCGAUGCGCCGUAGUGGACCGUGUCUAAUUACCCCCACAUUGCCACCAACACCCGCAGGUUUGUCUCACCAACAACUUAAACGGCGACAUAUUGUUGCGGCUAUAAUUCAUAGUGAGAACUCCUACGUUGCCACACUACAGCGUCUAGUCAAUGAUUAUAAGAAACCCCUGGAAAACAGUAGCCCACCCAUCUUAAGUUGUUCGAAAAUUUCACAUUUGUUUCGCCGUUUACCCGAAAUUCUACAAUGCCAUACCCUAUUCCGUAUUGCUUUGGCCGAUUGUGUUCGUAAUUGGGAUCGUGACGAACAGCUGGGCGAUGUAUUUGUCGGUUCGUUCAGUAAACCGAUCGUAUUGGACAUCUACAGCAGCUUCAUAAAUAAUUUCUCAAGUGCAAUGGAAUUGGCCAAAAUGGAAGCAAAACGGAAAUCAGCUUUAGACGAUUUUUUUAAAGUCAAACAAAUCAGCGCCCAUGAUCGACUGUCAUUUUUUGGUUUGAUGGUGAAACCUGUACAGAGAUUUCCGCAAUUUAUUUUAUUUUUGCAAGAUUUAUUAAAAUACACACCACAAGACCAUCAUGAUCGUAUGUCGCUUCAAUUAGCCCUGACCCAACUCGAAUCUCUAGCCGAAAUGCUCAACGAAAGGAAACGUGAGGCUGAACAGUAUCAGGCGUUCAAAGAAAUGCUUGGUCACAUUAGCGGUACAUUUAACGCACGUUCACUGUCAUCAACUGGUAACAGGCACCGGUAUCUUUUGCGAGAGGAUAAUCUGACCCAGAUCGAGUUUAACCAUUCGGGCUUCAUUGUCAAAUCGAAGCCGCGGAGGUUACUUCUGCUAAACGAUAAGGUCAUAUGUGUUUCUGUGGCGCCGAGACAAUCCCAAGACUUUGGUGCCACGGAAAAGCUAACUUUCAAAUGGAUUUAUCCGGUUACAGAUGUCGAUAUUGUUGACAGCACUACCACAUCAACUUCACUGUCGAGGAUAUUAACAGCUGGUCUUAAUCGAGGUGGUAGCAUCAAGUCCAACAACAGUAAUACUGGUGCUUCCGAUAAUGCAGCGUCGAUAAAUGGUGCCGACAAUUUAUGCAGCGAAAUGAGUAAUUUAAUGCAUGACUACGAAGUGAUGUCUCGCAUCAGCGACCUUGUUAGCACACUGAAAUGUACCUACGAAGAUCUGACCGCGAGUACAGCCAAAAGACUGCUGACCUCUAUCCAAUCAUCGAUUCAGAAAAAAGACGAAGAAAUGGCAUGGGUCGAUUCCUGCUGUCUGCAGUUGGUAGCUCGGAAUAAAAGUGGCAAAGAGGAAACAUUCACAUUCCAGACGGAAAGUCCUUCCAUUAAGAAAGAAUGGAUCACCGAACUACGAUUGGCUCAAUUAGCGUUAGAUGUAAACAAUUCUCCGGCGUGGAUCAUUCCGGAACACGAACAAAGACCGUCCACCAAAAUGCCGUUGUUCGUUGAGGCUCAUGCCGUUACCAAAUCGAUUGCACACCAGCAGACCGAGGUACGAUGUGGCUGUUACUAUUCCACCAUUAGACAAGCAACUGGGCACCUACGAUCUCGCAGUCAAAAUUAUCUUUGGGUUUGUACAUCGAAUGGAACUAGCAGUCAUCUGACCAUUCUGUUGCAAAAUCAGCAACGGGCGGGUAAAUUGAAAGAAAUCGGGUCAUUUGACAUGGCGGACGCCAAAGUCACAUCGAUCGAAUACGUGAAAUGUGAAGUGGACGGGAAGCAUUUGAUUGACAAGGACACUGUUUGGAUUGGAACGGACAGCGGAGACUUAUUCAUCUACGAUGCCAAUAAUCCUGAGCAAGAGAAACGUCUAACGUCGUGCUCCACAUCGUCUGCAAUCAUUCAAAUACUUUACCACUUGGACAAUGUGUUUGUCGCGCUGUCAAACGGAAAUAUGAAGAUUUUUCGCAGAAAUUCGGACGAUUCUUCGAACGAGUGGAGUUUGAACACAUCACAAAAUGUGCUGCUCAUUGACUCAGCUCCGGUGUCUCAUAUAUUGCCAAUAAAUGAGAGUAUUUAUGCGGCGUGUGGUGCCAAGGUUUGGGUUAUAAAUGGCUUCUCUGGCUGUAUACAAAAGCAGUUUGAUGUACAUCACACUGAUGGCGAAUCUGACUUACCGGUCAAUUUAAUGGCACAUUCCGGCAUUGGGCUGUGGCUGUCGCUGAAGUCAUCGAACAUAAUCUGUCUUUAUCACACCGAAACGUUUAAACAUCUGCAGGACAUCAAUAUCGCUUCCAAUGUACUUAAGCUGACGUCGUCUCGUGGCAGCGUGAAACAGAAAUCGUCAAUUUUCGUGACCGCUCUGAUGGCAUGCAAAGGUUUAUUGUGGGUGGGAACAAACGUGGGAAUUUUUCUAACAAUUCCUUUACCUCGGCUGGAAGGCGUUCCCAUUAUCAGUGGAGGUGUCAGCAUUUCAUACCAUGCACAUUUCGGUCCUGUUACAUUUAUGCUACCGUUGGUUCUUAAGAAAUACUAUCGUCCAUCUGCAUCCGACACACCAAUGCCGACCGCAAUGACAGACGAGAAUGAUUCGACGGAAAUGAAAAAGGACUCCGAAGCUGAACCAACCACAAGGAAACAAAACUCACUGGACCUGACAUCAAAAAUUCGUUCGCAACUAGACAAUAGUCCGGUUAUGUUACGACGCCGUCGCUUUAAGGAAUCCAACGAUAAUUGUCGCCUUUCGAAAACGCUACCCCGAGGAAUCGGACUGUUGUCGACUCAUUCGAGCGCAUCCCAAAAUUCGGAAGAAAGUGCGUGUGAUGUGUAUGGUCUGUACGGUGAUCUGAUCUAUGUGAAGGAAAGCUACGAGUCCCACCGAGACACUGAGAAUUUAAUGAGUCCAACUUACGAGAAUUUGCGACGGAGCGAUCCCGAAUUAGCAGCUAUCCCAGCCAAAGUUAGUACACUAGACAGACGAUUACGAAUGAAAGUAAGUCGACCGCGAUCAUUGGAUCUGUCCAACUGGUCUGUGGAAUCAAAAUCAUCCAGCAUGUACACAUCGUCCGGUAGUGAGGAAAGUAUGGGAUUUCGACUGGGAUUAUAUGGCGGCAAGAGUGUGUCUCGAAAUGGUAGCAAUGCUAGUCAUAAAACGGAUCUGGUGAAUAUCAACGAACCUGAACCGAUAGCUACAAACGGGAACGGUGCUGUUUCAACGGAAGCAACUCAUUCGACGGAGCGAUCCGAGAAUUUGGCUUUUUUGAAGACAUCAACGAUCAAAAAGAAGAAGAAAGGCGGGUUUAAUGAGAAGGCAAUUACUGAAAAUAGUUCCAGACAAACGGUGAUCAUGCUGACUGGUGGACGAGGUUACAUUAAUUGGAGACCGAUAUGCGGUAACAGCUUAGACAAAUCGAAAUCGAACAGUUCGCGAAUGGUGACCAAAGUACCCAAUUCGAAUGAUGCUCAUUUUAUAAUCUGGGAGAAAAAGGUUUAACGGUGUGAACGCAUCUUCAUACCGUUACUGCAGCACUUGAUUUUAUUAAAUAAUUAUUUAGAUAGAAACGUAGCAUAAUGUUAUGCAGAAACAACCAUGCCAAUAAAGAGUAAAAUUAAAUUUGUAAUUUAGAUAGAAUCUAUCUGCCUAAAGUCGAUGUUUAAAGCGCUUUAAUUUAAUUAUUGUUGUAUACAAGCCUGGCAUUGAACUAAAUUAAACGAAAUGUGAAUCCAUAUUAAAA